GUCUACUACGACUACUGUGUGUACUGUGUGUACUGUGUGUACUGCGUGUACUGCUACUAGAGCUACUACUGCACGUUUACACUAGAGCUUUUCUGUCUCUCUACUGCAUAUUUAAACAGAAAAGAUGUCUUUGAAGACUGAGAACCAGGAACUGCACGAGAGGAUCCGAAACUUAGAAAAUCAGAACCAGGAACAGCUCAAGAGGAUCCAAAGCUUAGAACAUGAGAACCAAGAUCUGAGAGAGAGGAUGGAAAAGUCCUCGGAUAGGAACCAGCAUCUGCAGGAGACGAUCCAAAUCUUAUCGGGCAGGAUCAAGUGCCACUUAGAAGAACAGCUCAAGGAACAGGAGGAGCUCCGCUCGCACCACAAGUUGCUGGAGGAAACUCUGAUGAGGUGCGACGAAAGAGUUGACGUCUGCCCUCACCUGCGAGAACUGAAGGAGGAACGUCGAAAACAUGCAAAUUUGAAGGAGGAGCUGGAAGAGUUGAGGACAGUAGUCGAUGACACAGGCUCUCGUGAAAUGUUUAUAAAAUCUUAUAAGAAGAACAUGUCCGCAGAUCUGAAAAGAGUGGAGAACAGGUUAUCGGAGGAGCGUAAAGAGACAGAGAGACAACGACAGAGGAACAAAGAACUGUCGGAGGAGAUGGAGAUUCUCUAUGAUGAACUUCAAAAGAUCGAACAGGAGAACACAGGUCUGCAAGGGCAAAUCCAGCAGCAGAUGCGUGAAGAGCUGCAGAAAGCCCACGCCGAGCUGGAGAGCUCCACGAAGACGUUAGCAGAGGAGCAGAGGAGAAAGCAACUUCUCACACCACUGGAGGAAAAAUACGAACUCCACGACGAAGAAGAAGAAGACGAGGACAAGAGCGGACGGAAAGCAGGGAAUUUCUUUUCCAAGUUGAAUUUUAGGUCAUCACUGGAUGAGCUGCCCGCGGGGAGGCAGUUCUAUGUUGCGGGAAAUGGGAGAGUCCGUAGGCGGCUGCCGCCGUCUGGCGCUGGGGGUGACGCAGCCAGCGGUGGGAAUGCCGUGGGAAUGCUGGGGGAACGCGGUGCACGGACACUUGAAGUUCUGCUGCUCAGUCCGUAA